UAACGACAUCGACAUGGCAUUGGGGGGGGGGACAGAUGAUGGAAUUACUCCACGAUCGACAAUGAUGCGAGAUGCAACUGCAGCACAAAGCUCUACUGUGACGCCAGCGCCAGAGAGAACGUGUAUCCAGAGUCGCUGGGUAUCACUCAAGCGAUCGUUCUGGCUCUUGACCUCUGCAAACUUGACUUGCCCAUUCACCUUUUUCUUGGAUCCGCGCUCAGAGUCUUUCUCCUCUGCUGCCUCGUCUGAGUUAACUUUCCAGAGGAACAGAUCUGGUACGCCGCCGCCACGCUGGCCAUAUUCCUGAGCCAUCACCUUGCAGACUGUGGACAACGCUUCUCCGUCAAAGCAAUGCGCAAUCUCAACCAGAUCUUCGAUGUCGAAAGUCCAGUCGAGUCCAACAAUACAAGUGCGACGCUCGUGGUGUUCGUUAUAGACCCUCUGGAUGAUGCUCGCAGCAUCGCCGUUUGAAAUCUCAUUCAACCGACUGUUGAUUUCGCUGAUUCUGCUUGGAUAGAAUGCAUCUGUAUGGAGAUCUAGCGGACAAGUCUGGAACGGGGUCUGGAAGAUAUUAGGAAUAUAGAUGAACAUGAUGUCGAAGAAGAGGUAGGCGAAUAGCGUCCUCACGAUACCGCCUUCGCUGUGGUAUCCUUUCCACCCUAAAUUGCGGUAGUGUGAGAGACACAUGGCUUCCACGCUGCACUCGCCGUCUUCUCUUGGAUCGAUCCAGAUCGUCUUCAUCCCCCGCCGGCCGUUGGCACGGGAUAAUGGUAUCUCACGUUCGACACGCACACCUUUCACAGUCACCUCUACCGGUUUCGUGAGCCGCACGUGCGAGAAAUCAUGCUGUGCACGCUUCACGAAAUGGAGCGACUUCUCCAGCUUUGUGAUCCGUUUCUGGAGGUCAUAGUGAUGGAUAACAUGCACGACAUUAUCUUGCAGGCCGUCUUCGCAGGUCUGCAGAGCAAUGCGUCUCCAAUGUUUCUUCUGCGCUUCCUCUUUACGCCCCUCUGCGUCUGUGAGUACGGCCAUGUAGUGUUCUUCCAGCAACGCCUUUCUCUGAUACCAAGCUCCUCGACGAGAAUGGUGGAAAAGGCGUUGCUUCAGCAGCUCACUCAGCAAUUCGUGCUCACGUUUGUGCUCUUUUCGGCGAGCAAGCACAGAAGUAGCUUUAUGUAUGAUGCAUGUAUACACCCAUGCUGGCGAUAGACGUCGUAAGUAGGCGCCCUCACCACUCUGGUAAAUGCCAUCUUCUUUCUGCUGUUCUUCGCGGAGAAGAGCUUUCCAACGUGGAUAUACUUCUUCAAAAGUGUCAAUAAUCUCUUGGUAGCCCUGUUCCGUGGGCCGGCCAUUGAAUUCCAAGAUGCUGUCGAUGCGGUACUGAGUGCGGAUUGACGCUUCAAACUCUAAUAGAACCGAGCGGGAUGGAAAUAUGCUUGCAGAUCGGGAUACAAUGUACUCGGGAAAGUUACGGCGAGCCAUUUUGGCAAGAAUGAUGGUAGUGAGUGACUUCUCAGUCCACUCGGUAGAACGGUAGAAGACGAGAUGCACGCGCUCAAAUAGUUUGCGAGAGGUAACCGAAAGGCGAAUGCAAGGCCCAGUCUCACUCAUUAUCUUGCGCGUGUAGUGUGCGUCUCGGUUUGCGUGAGACGAUGUAUCUUCCGCCAGUUCGCUAUCGGGUGUUUCCGAUCCCACACCAGAUACAGACGACCGUCUCGAGUCCUCCGUAUCUGACCGUUUGAAUCCUACAUAUCCCAAACCAACCUGCCUUUGGCUGGUCCGUCUCAAUGCCUGCAACAGAUCUUUCUUAUUCUUUCCGUGAACUUUUGCAUCUUUAGCCAGAGCCUUAAGCUCGUCAAGUUUGAGUAGGGAUGAAGCCUCCUCGAGUGUGUUGAUCUCAUUAUCCGACUUGUCUGCAAAGGUGAAUGUGUUUUCCAAUGUGGUUCCCACUGGCGGCUCCAAAUCGCCAGGGUAUGACUCUAACUCGGCAGAGGACGGUGGAAGGUCGUAGUGAUGUUGUAGAAUAUCUACGGCAGCGUCAAGGUCUGCUAUAUCACUAUGGUAGCCUAGAUUCUUUAUGCGGUGCCACGCGGAGGUCUUUCGAAGAAAUAGUCGAACAUAUCUAGAGGCGGAUGAGCAGAGCCGACUUGAUAAUUGGUUAAAACAAGCAGAACAUACAAGUACUGUGCUUCGUAAUUCAAAUUCCGCCAUAUUCGAAAAACCUCCGUCUCAGCUUCGUCAAAUAAAUGGCUUUCUUCGUCCAAAACCGUAUCC